AUGAGUGAAAGGAGAAGAUCUGCAGUCGCCCUGAGCUCGCGAGCACAUGCCUUCUCCGUUGAAGCCUUGAUCGGCUCAAAUAAAAAGCGGAAACUGCGAGACUGGGAGGAGAAGGGGCUGGAUCUGUCCAUGGAGGCUCUGAGCCCCGCGGACCCACUUGGCGACAACGAGGACGCGGCCGCACACGGCCUGGAGCCCCACCCUGAUUCUGAGCAGAGCACUGGUUCAGAUUCUGACGUGCUCACUGAGCGGACUUCCUGCUCCUUCGACACUCACACUGACCUGGGCUCGGGCUCUGCAGGCCCUGUGCCUGCCUCCAUGUCUUCCAUGGAAGAGAUUCAGGUGGAGCUGCAAUGUGCUGACCUCUGGAAGAGGUUCCAUGAUAUUGGAACUGAAAUGAUCAUCACCAAGGCAGGCAGGAGGAUGUUUCCUGCUAUGAGAGUGAAAAUCACUGGCCUGGAUCCACACCAGCAGUACUACAUAGCAAUGGAUAUUGUACCUGUGGACAAUAAACGAUACAGGUACGUGUAUCACAGCUCCAAGUGGAUGGUGGCGGGCAAUGCUGAUUCUCCUGUGCCCCCAAGAGUUUAUAUCCACCCUGAUUCUCUAGCUUCUGGAGACACCUGGAUGAGACAGGUGGUCAGUUUCGACAAACUCAAGCUGACCAACAAUGAAUUGGAUGAUCAGGGACAUAUCAUUCUGCACUCUAUGCACAAAUACCAGCCUCGGGUUCAUGUGAUUCGCAAGGACUUCAGUAGCGACCUUUCGCCCACCAAGCCUGUUCCAGUUGGGGAUGGGGUGAAAACAUUCAACUUUCCUGAGACUGUGUUCACCACAGUCACGGCUUAUCAGAACCAGCAGAUCACCAGAUUAAAAAUCGAUCGAAACCCUUUUGCUAAAGGAUUCAGAGAUUCUGGGAGAAACAGAACCGGCCUGGAAGCCAUCAUGGAGACUUAUGCAUUCUGGAGACCCCCCGUGCGCACACUCACCUUUGAGGAUUUCACCACCAUGCAAAAGCAACAAGGGGGCAGCACAGGUACUUCCCCAACCACCUCCAGCACUGGGACACCAUCUCCUUCAGCUUCUUCCCAUCUUUUAUCUCCAUCCUGUUCUCCUCCAACCUUUCAUCUGGCCCCCAACACUUUCAACGUGGGCUGUCGAGAGAGCCAGCUGUGUAAUCUCAACCUCUCUGAUUAUCCACCCUGUGCCCGAAGCAACAUGGCUGCCUUGCAGAGCUACCCAGGGCUGAGUGACAGUGGCUAUAACAGGCUCCAGAGUGGCACCACUUCAGCCACUCAGCCCUCGGAAACCUUCAUGCCUCAGAGGACUCCAUCCCUGAUCUCAGGAAUACCAACUCCUCCCUCGUUGCCUAGCAACAGCAAGAUGGAAGCCUACGGUGGCCAGCUGGGGUCCUUCCCCACUUCUCAGUUUCAGUAUGUCAUGCAGGCAGGCAAUGCAGCCUCCAGCUCCACAUCACCACACAUGUUUGGGGGCAGCCACAUGCAGCAGAGCUCCUACAAUGCCUUCUCCCUUCACAAUCCCUACAAUUUGUAUGGAUACAACUUCCCCACUUCCCCUAGGCUAGCUGCAAGCCCAGAAAAACUGAGCACCUCUCAAAGCACUUUACUCUGUUCUUCUCCUUCCAAUGGGGCCUUUGGAGAGAGGCAGUACCUGCCCACGGGGAUGGAGCACAGUAUGCACAUGAUUAGCCCUUCGCCCAAUAAUCAGCAGGCAACCAACACCUGUGACGGCCGGCAGUAUGGGGCAGUUCCAGGCUCCUCCUCCCAGAUGUCCGUGCACAUGGUUUAA